AUGAAUCGACUCAAGCAGGAUAGCGCUCAAAUGGCCGCUGAUCACGGAGUGUCCGCUUCGAAUAUGCUGAGAAUGGAGCGAACUCUUGGAAAACAUGCUCUUGACGAUACAUUGGAUUCAAAUACAUACGAUGACAAUGGAUUGUUUCUGAAAACUCCACUCGAAGCUCUGUAUUCUGAGCUAGGAUUGAAUAAGUCUGAGAACUUCGGAUGUGAUGGAGAUUUUCUUGAACACUAA